GCGAGCCUGCGCAAGGGUAUCAUGCCCGACACCUCCAACCCAGACAAGCCUCCCACCAAGACCGAGACCAAGUUCGCCGUGGCCGAGCUCUCCGACGCAGAGUACAACGACCUAGCAAACGAGUAUUUGAAUGAUUUGCUCGAGAAGUUUGAGACGCUCCAGGACAAUGGCGCGCCGAUUGACGUGGAAUAUUCGUCCGGCGUCAUGACCGUCACUGUCGCCGGCAAGGGCACAUACGUCAUCAACAAGCAGCCCCCGAACAAGCAGAUCUGGCUCUCGUCUCCCCUGUCCGGGCCCAAGCGGUAUGACUUUUGCGUCGCGAGCGAGGGGCAGGGCGACAAGGAGGGCACGGCACUGGGGACCUGGAUAUACACGCGCGACAACUCGAGCCUGGACGAGCUUAUACACAAGGAGAUUGAAUUGGAGCUGUAA